GAAGAUAAUCGCCAUUUUGGCUAGAGGUGGUCCGUUUUGCGUAAAUUGCACGUGGUUAGUCGGCUUGAAAUUUUGUUGUUAUAAUACGUCACUAGCUGUUGCCGCUACGUUUUCAUUUUCCAGCGUUUCACGCCGGUUUAGUUCAGAGUGAUUUGGGUGCGACCAGUUUUUGUCGAGUGAGCAAACUGCUCAUUACAGUGUCUUUUACGAGAUCAACAAUUGGCAAAGUGGCGAGGAACCAUGGUCCCGUGUCAGCCCAGACAACUUGUGAUCCUCUCUCUGCCGUUCGCCGCGCUCGUCGCGUUCUUCUGGUUCAAGCGCAGGAAGAGUCUGUCACGCAGUGACCCCGGCGGGACUCCAGUGCGACCGAAACCAGGUGAUACUGCAAUCAAAGGAGACCCACAGACAAGUGAGGUCAUCAAGAAGAAGAUCGAGACUGUAGAAGCAAUCAAGACAGCUGUAGAAGUGAAGAAACCAUCUGUAGAAGAAGCUGUGGUGGCCAAGACAGUCGCCAAAGAAGAGUGUUUCCGAAAAUCUAUUGAAGAAGAAGCGGCUGAGUUGGUAAAAUCUCUUGAAACUGAUUGUGCAGAGAUCAAAGAAAUUGUAUGCAACAGUUCUGCUGUUCAGACCAAAGAAGAAAAUCCUUGUCAGGACUUUGAAAACAAUCAGAUUUUUCACAGCACCAUCAUCGAGUCUGAGAAAGAUUUUGAAGAAAAGCACUACAAUUUGGUGCUCAUACAAGAGGAAGAAGUUUGUGUAGAAGAAGUCUGCGAGAAAGAAGCAGAAAAGUCUGAACAGUGUUGUGAGUCAAAUCAACCUGAAGCUGCAGACCUAGAACAGACUCUAACAGUUGCAUUUGAAGAUCAAAGUACUUUGGAGUACAAUCCUACCAAGAAAACUGUCAUAGAAGAGUCUCAUACCAGUGAAGCGACAGUGAUUGACAACAACUGCGCCUCUAGCAGCACGGACACAGAGAACACGUCAGUGGACACCGGACUGGGCAGUCAAGAUCCUUCCACAGUGGAAGAGAACACGAUGGCUCAGGGACAGAAGACUGAGAAGAAUGAAAGUAACACAACUGGGCUGGAGGAGAAACUGGCGUCAUUGGGAUUGGACACAACACAACAGCCGGCGCAGCGCAGUGAACGUGAUUCAGCCAAUCACAGUCCGGCCGAGGUGAUGCUGAACAGUCCUGCCAUCAGCACAUUCUCAGACGCACACAGUGAGGUCAUGAGUUGGUUGAGCCGUUGUGAACCCCUUGACUGCGGGAGACCACCAAAGGGCUCUAGUGACAGUGGGAAAGGUUGCAGUGAUGUCGUGACCCCGCCGUCCCGUACCCCCGCGGGGGGCUCCAGUGUGGCGGGGGACCUAGCUCCCUCCGUGUAUGAGUUUGUGCUGCCUCAGGUCAUAGUAGGCCGGCUCAUCGGCCGACAUGGAACCUUCCUACACGACAUACGCGCCAAGACACAUACACACGUCUUCAUAAAAAAACACCCGGAAACCAGCAGCCUCAAGAUUUGUGCUAUUGAAGGAACCCAACAAGACAUUGAUGCAGCUUUGAAGAUGAUUCGACAGAAGUUUCCAAUCAGGAGAUUCCCAGACCUUACCUUGGAGAAAGUGUCUUUUGUCAAGGACCCAUGCAUGCCCAUGGAUUUUGAAAGCCUGCAACUGCACUUGGUGGAAGGAGUCAACAACGAUGUGAUCCUCUCAAGCCUCAUCACUGCAGGCAACUUCUUCCUACAGAUGCCUUCGCAUCUCUCCUAUCAGUGCCUUUACAAGCUGGCUUGCCUGAUGAACACUGUGUACAACACGCAGGAGAGCCCCGCGCUGGUUGAGCCACAGCCCAACGUGGUCUGCGUGGCGCCUGCGCACGGUGGCUGGUACCGUGCGCAGAUCAUGACUGUGGACGAGGAGACCAACACCACAGAAGUCAAGUUUCUGGACUACGGUGGAUACAUGACAGUGGAUAACUCUUGUCUACGUCAAAUACGCGGAGACUUCCUCAUGCUACCUUUCCAGGCCGUGGAGUGUGUCUUGGCCAAUGUCGUACCUGCAGGUGGUGAGGAGUGUUGGUCAGAAGAAGCCAGACAGUUUGUCCAACUGAUGACUACCAACCAGACACUUCAGGCGCAGGUGUACGACUACACAGAAGCAGGGCUGCCACUUGUCUACCUAUACUGUACCCAGUUCUACCAAUCCCUCACAGACCCGAGCGGUUACGAGACCAAAGUGGUGUUGUUGAACCAAGAGCUCGUUUCUCAAGGCUACGCAGACGUCAUACAAGAGGACCAAGCCGCGGAGCCUGAGUCUUCUUAGUUCCACUCUGUACAUAACUCUCGAUUGUUAACUAUUUGUACAAAUUCUCGGUUAGAUUAAGCCCCCGUUUGGUCAGAUAAAAGGUUACGUUGCAUUUUUCGUUCUGUCUGACAGAUCGACAGAUGAUUUUGACGAAUGCAAGAGCGGAUUCGACAUUUUCCUGAUUUUCUUUUGUUUUUUGAAUCCUAUAUUUUGUUAGUUUUAUCGUUAAGUUUUGUCUCUGUCGGUCGACAGUAUUUUUCCCUUUAACCUGUUACUUUUAGUUUUCAUAUUGUGAUAUAAUUUGUACAUUUUUUAAGUUUUACAUGUAUCUACUUAGUCCAGUUUUAUUGGUCAGAGCUAAGUAUUUAUUUUUGUCGGUUGAAUUGUACGACCACAGAAAUAGUUGGAAACUACGCAGUAAAAAUUGAAUUUUUAAAAAGGUUCUAUGUAUUUCUUGGAUAGAUUUGGGACAGGAAAUUAAUAUUGGUAUUGACGUUGUUGUAUUCUUGUCAUACUGUUUAAUGGUACAUAAUAUUACAUUUGAUCCAAACAAUAUAAAUUUGACUUGUUGUAACGGUAUCGCUAUUCUACGGUCGUGUUUUUGUUGUCUUGGGAAUGACAAAUGGUGGAACACUUGACUAUUUAAAUAUUUUGUGCUUGUGAUCGGUUACAUUUGACCUUUUUGCUACUUAUGGUGCUUUCAGUAGAUUUGAGAAGCAAUUUGUAUCGAAGCUACAACAAAAGUUACUACUGUGUGUGUAAUUUAGAUGUAUCUUCUUUUCGCUUGCUCGUGUUUAUUGAAUUUCAAGAGAGGAAAUAUUGACACAUGAGGUCUUGUGAUCUUUGAUUCAACAGGAUUGUGAAUGUGAAAUCAGUAAACUAGUAACUUAAAAUUGUCAACAAAAUAUUCACUGGCGAUACAAGAUGUCGAUAAUCAGGAAAGAUCACUUAAUGAAUCCUCAUUCAUUACUUGUAUCUCUGUAAACAUAGUUAAAUGUCAAAGUCAACAAGUCGUGCUCAAGCACAUACUGUUGAAAAGCAUACCAUAUUACCUUAAUUUAUUAAAAUUGUAAUUGCAAUGACACAAGUUAUAAACGUAAUCAGUUACUACAUAAAGAGUCAAUCCUACUUUCAUAAAAUCUCAUUUUACGUUGAAAACACUUAAUUUCGUUGUGUGUACAAAUAGAACGAAUAUUUGCUUGAUAUGUUUCUGUUAAAAAGAUUAAUAAAAAUUCCUUGUAAAAAUAUACGUUGUAACAUUUGUUUUAUUUUUUAGAAACGAUCUUCAUUGUUUUUUAUCUUAUUAAUCAGAUUGUAUACGUGCCAAAUGUUAUUUUCUUCUGAUUGAGCAUUUAUUUGUUACUGCCACGUUAGUCAUCCCGUUCAGUACUUUAAUCAACAAACAUGGGUAUUUGAUAGAAUAUGUUAUGUUAAUAUAAUUCAUAGUAGUGGUUUUUUUAUGUGUUUUCCCAUGUUACUAGUUCCCUUGUACUUGUGGUAUAAAUAUUUUGUACAUAUUCAUUUAUUAUUUGUAAAAUAAAAUAAAACUUUCUAAUUUAA